UUAACAGUGCGGUAGCCACUGAAGAUGGGUCCCCAGGUCUACAUCACAAUGUAUAAGGAGCAUUUCAGAUCUCCUGGCGGAGCAAAAAAAGCUGAGCUUCGACCCACCUCAGCCCACCGCAGGAACAACCCUCAGCCACGGCCGGACUUCCUGUUUCCCCGCAGUCUUCGGUCCAGCUACAGGCCAACACGAACACUGCUCCACCCUUUGCCCCCUGUGGACAAUGGCCGGCCCCUUUUCCCCCCUGUGAACCAUUUCUUAUCUCACAAUCCUGUCUCAGCAUGCCUUGAUAACCCUGCAGGCAAAACAAACAGCCCCCAGCAUAUGCCUCCUAUCAAUGACAGGGCACAGAAACUACAGCUGAUGGAGACUCCUGCUGCCAAAGACGGUCAGCUUUCCACUACUCCAAGGAUCCCUUAUAAGACAGCGGGUUAUCAGAGGAAUGUCAGUACCCUCUCAGCACGACAACUAAGGCCACAAGGAGCUCUAACAAACAACCCCUCUGCAGCUGCAGCUACUCACUGCUUUGCUCAGACUCCUUACAGGAAGUGCUGCUCUACCAGAACCAAGGAUUUUAGUGACUGCUACAGCUGUUUCCAUGUAGUGAGGCCCUACCAAGCUGCUCACUAUGUCAUACACCCAGAGUUUGUCUCUGAAGCCCUCUAUUAGGAACACCCUUGACUGACCCCUUUAAAACCGGGGAUUCAGUAGCUGGAAGGACAAAAAUGAACGACUGUUCUCUACUUAGUAAUCUUCACAUACAA